AUGGCUGCCUUCCUCAUGUCUUUCUUCAGCUUCUGCCUGCACGUCGCUUUGCCUGUGGCUGCGAUUGGCAUCCUUGCCGUCUCGGUCCUGCUGCUCUCCCUGACAAUCUCCCACCGAUCCCCUGUCCGUAAAUGCCGCCCCAAGGACGCCCAUGUCCACCUGCUCGUCGUCCUAGGCAGCGGCGGCCACACGGCGGAGAUGUUCUCCAUGCUUCGGCGGUGGACCCUCGAGCCCUCGCGAUACGCAUAUCGCACCUACGUCGUGAGCUCCGGGGACAACUUCAGCGCGCAAAAGGCCCGGGAGUUUGAAGCGAACCACAUGGCAGAGGGAGGCACUCCGAAGCACGCAUACACCAUCGUCACGGUUCCCCGCGCACGACGGGUCCACCAGUCUUACCUGACAGCUCCGUUUUCCACCCUGCACUGCUUCUGGGCCUGUCUGAUGGUACUGUGGGGGCAGUAUCCUGAGCAGCAACAUCUUCCAACCGAAUUCUCAUCCCCGUACCCGGACCUGAUUCUCACCAAUGGCCCCGCCACGGCAGUCUGCAUGAUCGUCGCGGCGAAGCUCCUCCGCUUCUUACACUGUUUCCUUCCAUUUCACAAGGCCUAUUCGGGAAUGCCGAAGCUUCGAACCGUAUUCAUUGAGUCCUGGGCUCGUGUGAGCACCCUGAGCAUGUCUGGGAAAUUGCUGCUCCCGCUUGCCGACACGUUCCUCGUCCAGUGGCCGAAACUGGGCGGGCGGCGCGCGUGGUGGGGGAUGAAGAGGACUCAAUAUGCGGGUACGCUCGUGGACUGA